AUGUUGAAUACCGAAGAAUCAUGCCAGGACUUUAUCAAAAACCACACCCCUUCUUCAAUAGCCCAACAAAUUCGACAGGAUCAAGAGUUAUGCCAAACACAGGGGCUUCCUAGUCUUUUGGCCCUCUACCUUCCUCACGUCGAAUCUCCCUUGGGUGAAAAAAUAGCGAAAGAGUUGUAUCCUAAAAAUGCGCCGACUCGGUACUCAUAUUCGAUAGGAGCAGCUUUAUAUACUGGCAUAAUACAGGGAAUUCAAGCCUACCUACAUCAAAUGAGCCCUCAAUCUAGGCACGGAAGUCUUCCGAAUGCUCUAGGAGGUGCUACUCAGAAUCCGCCUUCGAUAGAAGAUGUUGAGACUACACUCAGAGUACUUGAUUUUUAUGUCAAGAGUCAAGAUGGCAUUCGUAUUGAUGGAAAAACACCAUUGAACAAUAUAGUGCUGGUGCUGAACCAGCGUCUGCGGAGCCCAUUUUCCACGGCAAGCGAAGACGUAACAAGAGGAAAAAGAAAAGAAAGAAAAUGCUAUCUCUGUCACUUUCUCAUUACGAGUCCUCAUCCUCAAUAUCCCGCUCUUUGUAAACCCUGCGGAAGUUUCAAUCUCGCAUCAAGCAAUCUUUCACUGCCUGAAGCUCUGAAUCUGGAUGGUAAAACGGCAUUGGUAACAGGAGGACGAAUCAACCUGGGCUUCUAUACCGCGUUACGACUGCUCAGAUGCGGUGCUCAUGUAAUAGUAUCCUCUAGAUAUCCACAAGAUGCAGCAGUGAGAUAUCUAGCGGAAAGCGACUCGGAAAAGUGGGUCAAGCGGUUGAGAAUCCUAGGAGCCGACUUCAGAGCAGCGAACGACGUCUUCCAUUUGGUCGCUGGAAUUAAGCAGAUACUGAGAAACUGGAGUAGAGAAAAUACACCAAGACUUGAUAUUCUUAUAAACAAUGCAGCUCAAACUUGGACAGACUCGGUGAAAGAAGAGAGACGAGCCAUUGAAUUGGAAAAUCAGCUACGACUUGAGGAUAAUAACAAUGACAAUCUAAUCCUUGAUACCAACUAUAAUGCUCGGAUCAGAGGAGGUGUUCAGAGUUUAAACCUUUUAGCGUUUGAUACAGAACAAAAGCGUCUCAACGAAAUAUCCACCGAAGAGACUGGAAUAAUCGGACGAACAGAAAACACCACUUCAAUCUCAACAAUGAUGGAAGAACCCAAGACCUCUUGGGUUCAAAGCUUAUACGAAAUACCUUAUGAAGACGUCAUUUCCGCGCAUUCAGUCAAUACAUUCGUCCCUCUAAUCUUGAUACGCGAACUUCUUCCUCUCAUGGGUACUCCCCGUCCACAUCCAGCAAACAAUGGUCAACCCGCCAAGCCACUAGCCCACAUCAUCAACGUCUCAGCUCGCGAGGGAGUAUUUGAGCCAACACCCACUAACCGUCACAAAAAUGGAUAUCACGUCCACACGAAUCUUGCGAAAGCCGCACUCAAUAUGCUUACGGAAACCGAGGCAGCAGCAGCAUGGCGAGAUCGAAAAGUAGCUAUGAAUAGUGUGGAUCCUGGGUAUUUGAGCGCAGCCAAAGAAGUGAUUGAGAAUAGGAAGAGGAAUGGUGGGUGGGAUGGAUGUCCAAUUGGAUGGGAAGAUGGUGCUGCGAGAGUUUUGUGGAGUGUGGCGGUGGGGGAGAGUGGGAAGGGGGCUGUUUGGGGGAGGUUCUUGAAGGAUUUUGGGAUGGGAGAGGGGGAGGAGAGAAUUGCGAGAUAG